CUCUAACCUGACCACGAAACAUGGAGGCUUUCCUCGGCUUGUGAGACAUAAACUUUGCUUUGGUGGUUUGCGCUUGUUUAGGCAUCCCUUCCCUUUAAAAGUAUCCUCGAGCAAUAUCCUAAGACAUACUCUUCUCUCAGUAUCCUAUACCUUCUCCCAUGAUGCCUAUUGGUAAAGGAAAGAAAGCCGAGAAAGAAAAAGAAAAGGCUCAAAAUAAGAACACGUCAGCGAAACCUUCCAGUGAAUCUCCUCAAAAUGUCCCUGCAACCACUGGUGAUAACAAUGUCCCUGCUCCUACACCAGUAACAACUGGUGUAGGAGUGGGACUACCAGCUAAAGAUAUAGAUGGGAUUAACUCAGAUACAGUACCAAUAGCAUACAACUCUAUUGUCAGUCGGUUGCAAGGCUCUGGCUCUUACACACACAGGACUAACAGCAGACAAGGCUCCUCACGAUUUAACAUCAGCAAGAACAGAGAGAUAAGCAAACUCCCUCCACUCAAAGAUGCUACGCCUAAUGCCCGCGAGGAUUUAUUCCUACAAAAGUUACACCAGUGCUCCAUCAUAUUUGACUUCAACCGCGACCCACUCAGUGAUCUCAAGUUCAAGGAAGUGAAGAGAGCAGCUCUCAAUGAACUAGUGGAGUUCAUUACUCAUAACAGAGGAGUCAUUACUGAGUCCAUUUAUCCCGAGGCUGUGAGAAUGUUUGGUAUUAAUGCUUUCAGGGCACUCCCACCAUCAGCUAAUCCUUCAGGGGCAGAGUUUGAUCCCGAAGAGGAUGAGCCUGCCCUAGAACCAUCUUGGCCUCACCUCCAAAUCGUGUACGAGUUUUUCCUGAGGUUCCUCGAGUCUCAGGACUUUCAGCCUGGCAUAGCAAAGAAAUUCAUCGAUCAGAAAUUUGUUGGACAAUUGCUUGAGUUGUUUGACAGUGAAGACCCAAGAGAGAGAGACUUUCUCAAGACGACACUUCAUAGGAUCUACGGGAAGUUCCUCGGGCUUAGGGCUCACAUAAGAAAACAGAUUAGCAACAUAUUUUAUAGGUUUAUCUAUGAAACUGAGAAGCAUAAUGGAGUAGCUGAACUUCUUGAGAUAUUAGGAAGUAUCAUCAAUGGUUUUGCUUUGCCAUUAAAAGAGGAGCACAAGAUGUUUCUUCUUCGUGUGCUCAUUCCACUGCAUAAAGUCAAAUCACUCAGUUGCUAUCAUCCCCAGUUAGCUUACUGUGUCGUUCAGUUCCUGGAGAAGGACCCCUCUCUUACAGAACCGGUGGUGACAGGAUUGCUAAAGUUUUGGCCCAAGGUUCACAGCCCCAAGGAGGUCAUGUUUCUAAAUGAGCUGGAGGAGAUACUGGAUGUAAUGGAGCCCGUGGAAUUCGUUAAAGUUAUGCAACCACUUUUUAAGCAAAUCUCGAAAUGUAUCUCUUCGCAACACUUUCAAGUGGCAGAGAGAGCCCUCUACUACUGGAGCAACGACUACAUUAUGAGUCUAGUUGGUGAGAACCCACAGGCUCUCUUCCCCAUUAUCCUUCCCGCCCUACUCCGUCACUCCAAGCAGCACUGGAAUAAGACGAUCCUUGGACUCAUUUAUAAUGCUCUUAAGAUAUUUGCCGAAAUGAAUCAAAAGCUAUUUGAUGAGUGUAGCGACAAGUUUAAGGAGGAGCUAGAGCAAGAGCCAAAAGUUGUUAAGAAACGUGAAGACACUUGGACUGCAUUGGAGAAGCUAGCUCUUAUGAGUCCUCAUGUUUCAAAGCUCUCCUCGCCUCAGAAUGCCUUCAGGAAGUCAAUGCUCUCCAGCCUGACCUCCAUAGCCAGUGAGGAGCCAACCUCUCCUGAUGGAGUCCCUACUUCAGAGGAACUUAAAAGCAUUCCUCAAACUCCCCCAUCAGAGUCGGGUGCCUCCAAUACUGGAGCUGUAAAGACUAACAAUAAAGGGCACAUGUUAAUAAGACGCAAGUCUUACCUACCGAUGGAUAAUGAUACCUCCCAAGCUCUCCAGCAGUACAAACCUCACGAAAGACUGGGCGUCCCUAAUGAAUCCUAAAGACUUUCCCUCUCCUCCUCCUCUUCUUCUCUUUUUUGUGUGCAUGAAUCUUUUUCUCUCUCUCUGUGUGUGUUUGUGUGCUUAUAGUGCACCACUCACUCUCUUAGUGUGUGGCUUUACGAGCAUUUUAAUUUAUUUUUGUUUUCUAUCUCUUUAAUUAGUAUUAUUUAUGUCGUGGCAUCUUUUGGACUAAAUCAUGAAUAGCAUCUUCUGCUUGAUAAAAAGGGAGACGGUUUUUUUUUCUUUAGUUUCUCUUUUUUUCUAAUGAUAUAAUUUUAUUAUUAUUAUUAUUAUUAGUUGUUUUUUUGUUGUUUUUUUAUUAUUAUUUUGUUUAUUUUUUGUCAAUCAAUCAAUUGUGCAUCUCA